AGCUGUAUGUUCAUUGGUCGGCCAGUUUAUCUGUUAGUCACUUUUAUUUUUGAUAAGAGUUAACUCACCUUCGUGCCAGUGCCGAUUAUCUGAUAGUAUUCUCGCAAGGUGAACAUAACCAACACUUGAAAUGUUUAUAAAGUCGUAUAUUCUAUAAAAUAAGUAAAACUAAAUAUACAAGUUUGUUUAACAGUGUGUACAGUGGGGAAGCAAUGGGUCUCCAGCUACCAAGAUUCUCGAGGUGUUGUUUUUGCCUAUCUUUAAGAACAGGAUCGUUGAUUAUCGGAUAUGUUUCAAUCGUCAUCUCGAUUCUGUUUAUGACAGCGAUAUCGUUCUUAUUGUACUACGUGGUGAAGUAUGUGGAGGAGAACAAGAAUCUACCUAAUCCUGAACACUCUCCUGAGGAAUUGGCUCAAGCAGCGCUGGGGGUCUACGUGUCCCAGGGUUUCUACCUGCUAGUAUUUUUGUUCCUGAUGACGAUCAGCAUAGUUUUGGUAGUGGGUGUGCAUACAGAAAAGACCAAAUUGCUCCGGUUCUACGUGUACAGUGGUUUUUUUCUGUUCGGAAUAUCUAUUGGCUUAGUGGUGAUGUCGAUGGUGUUCGUGGGCUUCCUGGCAACAUUGCCGUUAUUAAAAUGGUGUUUUGUCGAUUUCCUGUGCCUGUUGGUGGUCAGAAGCACUUUCCUAGAAAUGGAAGAAAGGAAUAGGCCUCGUGUUUAUGAGAUGCACACCUUGUAUAGUCCGCAACAAGCACCUUUGAUGGCAUAAAUACAAGACUGAAUAUUUUAGAUUAAUUUAUUAGUAGUUUAUAUACUUACUUACCUAACAUCUACAGAUAUUUGCAAAGUAUGAAGUUGAGAGUUAACUUAUUUUGUAAGUGCGUACAGUCAGACAUUG